GACAACCCUAUACUGCUACAACACACACACAGACACAUGCAUAAUGGUUGGUACAUGGUAAAACUAUAGCAAUCUAAGGUCGAUCGCUCGUCUAGCUACACCACUAUCACCAGUACCACCUCCAUGGUUUCUUGACUGAUAGAUAGACGGACGAGAAUGAAGAAGCUAGCUAGCUACUAGAUAUAUCAUCAGUAGAGUGUUCAGUUGUUGAUGAUGGCCUCCUCCUUGCCCCUGGUCACCACUGGGCUGCGCCAUCCUCCGCAGCAGCAGUCGCCGAGGGUGGUCCUGCAGAGCGAGGACCCGACCGAGUGGUGCGCGUGGGCGCACCAGGGGCACCGCCUGUGGGUGGCCAUGCCGGACUCCUUCUGGGUGUACACGUACAAGGUGGACCGGUGCCCGUUCCGGGGCAACCACGUGUGGACGACGUGCCCGUACGCGCACUGGGGGGAGCGCGCGCGCCGCCGCGACCCCAGCCGCUACGCGUACGCCGCCGCGACGUGCCCGGACUACGCCGACUCCAAGCGCCGGAACCGCCUGGCCGGGUCCACCGCGCCCCCCACCUGCGCGCGCGGCCUCCGCUGCGGCUUCGCGCACGGCGUCUUCGAGACGUGGCUGCACCCCACCAGGUUCCGCACCCGCAUGUGCGAGGCCGGCGCCGGGUGCAGCCGCCGGGUCUGCUUCUUCGCGCACUGCCUCGCGCAGCGCAGGCGCGAGGACGACCUGGUCCUGCCGCUCGUCGUCUUCCCCGCCAUCACCAUGCCGCCCCCGCUACCGCUACCGCUGCCGCUGCCGCCGCUGGCCUUCGUUGUCCCGAACAACCCGCUGCCGCCCGUACCACCCGCCCUCCCCUGCCCCCGCUCGGUCUCGGUCGUCGCCCAUCAGGUUGAUCGCGUCACGCAGGCCAUGCAGCAGGGCCGCAGCGUGCGCCUGCUUACGCGCGCCGAUGCCGAUGCCGCUUCGUCGUCGUCGUCGUAUUUUUCCUCCUCCCGUGCCCCUGCUAGUAAUGCUGCUGUGGCCACGGCGCCGGGCGACGACGAGGAUAUCGACAUCGUCGCCAUUGUCACCGGCUGCUGCCUCGCCUCCGAGGAAGAAUCUAAGGCUGCCGGCGGCGGCGACUACCCGCACUUGGACCUCAACCUCAUCAUGGACAUCGUGAGGAUGAACUAGAUAGCUACAAAUUAAAGAUAUACCUGCCAGUGCAUGGCGUCCAUGCGUGCGCUUGGAUGGUUCGGCGCCGCGACAGGUGGAGGAGGCGCCGCCGAAAGGAGGGACGGGACGCCAGCCGCAGCAGCAAGCAUCAUCGCCUCGUGCCCCUAGCUAGCUAGUAUACACUGGCACGGCAGUAUCGUAUAAUACAUAUUAUUAUACUAGUAUAAUGUAAGGUGUCAUGUCCUUUAUUUUGAACUUAACUGGAUUAGUACCAGAUGGAGUUUUGGACAUGUAUUGUGGUGUUGGAUCCGUCUAGCUAUAUAUGUGAUGGAUCUAUAUAUGUGUCUGUAGCUAUUUGUGGGCUUGUAUGAAUUUUGUGGAAUGAUGAAUAAUAUGUGAAUUAACAAAU